AUGUCUUCAAAAUCUCCAGAAGGUGUUAAAUCUCCCGCACAAAGUGUCGGUCCUGAUUAUCGCCCCGAGAAACCUAUCGCGACUGUCUCUACUCCAGUCUCCUUCGAAAAUGUGCAUACAUUACCUCAAACCCCGCAGCUUAUUGCUCUUCUCACCAUGAUUCGAGACAAAAAUACUCAGCGAGCCGAUUUUAUAUUUUACUCAAACCGUAUCAUUCGUUUACUGGUUGAAGAAGGUUUGAAUCAUUUACCUGUGGUAGAGCACACGAUCACUACCCCAGUUGGGCGAACAUAUGCAGGAGUCCAAUUUCAGGGUAAAAUAUGUGGUGUUUCCAUUAUGAGAGCUGGUGAGGCCAUGGAACAAGGACUACGGGACUGCUGCCGCUCAGUAAGGAUUGGUAAGAUAUUGAUACAGAGGGACGAGGAAACUUCGUUGCCUAAGCUCUUCUAUGAUAAACUUCCGGAAGAUAUUGCGCAACGGUGGGUAUUGCUUCUUGAUCCAAUGUUCGCAACAGGCAAGUUUCGCUCAAUACACUCGAAUGGUACUAUUCUGAUAUUUGACCUAGGAGGAUCUGCAUCGAUGGCAGUGGACGUUUUGAUAUCUCGAGGAGUUCCUGCAGAACGAAUUCUUUUCUUGAACCUCAUAGCAAGUCCAGAAGGAAUCGAGUCUUUUGCUAAGAAAUAUCAGAAAGUUAGAGUGGUAACAGCAUUUAUUGACCAGGGUCUUGAUGAAAAGAAUUAUAUUGUCCCUGGCCUUGGCGAUUUUGGUGAUAGAUUCUACACCAUGUAG